CUGGGGGUCUGCCCCUCAGCUACAGGUUCCUCCCUCAGCUGCAUCUGCAAAGGACCCCUCGCUCCUCACCAUGGUGCACUGGACAGCCGAAGAGAAGCAGCUCAUUACCGGCCUGUGGGGCAAGGUCAACGUGGCCGAAUGUGGUGGCGAAGCCCUGGCCAGGCUGCUGAUCGUCUACCCCUGGACCCAGAGGUUUUUCUCUUCCUUCGGGAACCUCUCCAGCCCCACCGCCAUCGUGGGCAACCCCAAGGUCCGUGAGCACGGCAAGAAGGUGCUGACCUCCUUUGGGGACGCUGUGAAGAACCUGGACAACAUCAAGGCCACCUAUGCCAAGCUGAGCGAGCUGCAUUGUGACAGGCUACACGUGGACCCCGAGAACUUCAGGCUCCUGGGUGACAUCCUCAUCAUCAUCCUGGCUGCCCACUUCGGGAAGGAGUUCACCCCUGCCUGCCAGGCUACCUGGCAGAAGCUGGUCGGCGUGGUGGCCCACGCCCUGGGCCACCAGUACCACUGAGCCUUCAGCAGGGACCCGCGGGACGGAGAGAGCUUGCAUCGCUCCAGGCCCCUCUGCACCCUUGGAAAUGCCGCCCGGGGGCCGGCAGGCUGUGACAGUCAAAUAAAAGCCUUACAUUGCAGCCUUCA